AUGUCUCCCACCGCCGGCACGAAACGCAAGUCGGACGAGGCCAACGUUCCCAAGGACGAGCACAACACCGACAUCACGGCACCGUUGCUGGACAGAAGCACAACAGAAAACGGACGACCAGGUGGCAGCGAAAGUCCCGCGAAGAAGAAGAGGCGAACAGGAAUUUCAGCCGCGCAGAAACAGGCGCUGAUUGAUAACUUGCAACUCGAGCUCACCGAACGCGCUCGCAAACUCCGGGCCAACUACAACAUCCAUGCGCAAAGUCUUCGAACACGAAUCGAAAUCCGCGUCAACCGCAUUCCCAUGUCCCUUCGCAAGGUGAAGAUGGGUGACCUGAUACAGAAGUACUCUACAGAACAGCAACAGAAGACCGCGACCACGACCACGACCACGACCACGACCACGACCAGAGGGCCCCCAGUUCCACCAAAGGAUGCGACAACAUCGCGCCCCGUCCUCCAGCGGCCAACAACAGCCUCCACGACCAGACCUACAUCUCCCAUACGACCCAGCCCAAUCAAGACGACGAGCCAUGAAGUCUCCGGUCGCGACAAAGAGAACUACGAAAUCGAGCCCACAAGCCCAGAAAAACGACAACAACGUCUCGGCCCGGCAGCCGACAUCCUGCGCAAUCAUCCCAACCAAGUUCUUUCGCCCACCUCAUCCAACUCGCGCCUAGUACCACGAGGGGAGCGCACCCCAUCACCGACCAAACAACAUCACCCACGUCCGAUUUCCCCAACCAAACCCACAGCCGGCACAAGCGCAUCCACCCUUCUUGGCAAUAUGGUCGAAAAGGCUCGAUCGCGAGCGAACAGCCCACAAAAACAUUCAACAAUAACGGAAGCGACGCAAGCGAGCGCGGCAAAAUCGAGAGCCAGAGCGGCAACCACUUCGACGGCUUAUGCUACCACCACACGGACAACGCGGAGAGUUAGUGGCGCCAGCGUGUCUAGUGAGGCGAGCAGCACGUCAUCGAUGGGGGCGCGGAGGCAGCGGCCGGCGACGGCCACAGGGACGAGGCCUGGAACGGCGUCGAGCGCAAAGCGAGGUGUCAUGAGUACGAUCAAGAAGGGGGUGGCGGCGACGAAGAAGGCGGCGGGUGGUGGGACGAAGGAGAAGGCGGAGAAGGCAGCUGCUUCUACGGCAGCGGCGCCUGCUGCGUCGGGGAGAGUGUUGAGGAAGAGAGGUUAG